ACACGUGCGACCGCUGUCAACACUCGCUGGCGCGCCGCUACACCUCCGCUGCGUCAGCCACACUGCGAGUGUUUCUGUGCUGGCGUGUCUGGCCGCCUUCCUCAGUCGCCGGUCGCGGCUUUACGCGCAGACGUCCGGGGUUCGACAGCGUCCGGGGAAACUACUCUCUCCCCUACACUUGCCAGUGGCGUCGAGCCGAAGUUUGUGUCGUGUCUCCUGCCCAGCUGUUUGCUAAAUCAAACCCGCGCGGGAUCGCACAAUCUCUACCUCACCGAAGCUCACGGAACGUUGUGACGUGCCAAGAGGCGUACCGAGACGGCCGUUGCCAGAGUCAGCAGGCUGGAGUCUUCUGAAGACGACGAGGAACUUCUGCUGGACAUGGUGGGCGGGAAGCCCACGUGGUGGCGCCUCCGCACCGCCAUGGAGCGCGGGCUAACGCUGCUGGCGACAGUGGCGCUCCUAGCGGCCAUCGCGCUCGUCGUCUCGCUGGGCGCGCUCCUCGCCAGGUGGCAGCACCAGUCAGAGUCACUGAUGCCAGUGGCGAUGGAGUCCAGAGGGAACGUGUCUGCAGCAGACGCCCAGGGGCCAGAAUCGCAGUCCGGCACUCAGAGCCUGCAGGACCUCUGCCUCACGCCGGGAUGUGUCCACGCAGCGUCCGAGGUGCUUGAUUACCUGGACCCGUCAGUGGACCCAUGCGACGACUUCUACCAGUACGCGUGUGGCAACUACCUGCUCACCACCGACAUCCCAGAUGACAAAUCUUCGGUGAGCGCCUUCUCGGCUAUAGAGGACCAGCUCCACGAGAAGCUGCGCUCCGCUGUAGAGGAGGAGGAGCCAGGAGCAGCCAUCCCCAGGAGCUUACAGCUGGUUCACGAACUCUACAGCGCAUGCGUGAACAAGACGCUGAUCGAGUCCCGUGGCCUGGCUCCACUCCAGAGGGUCCUGAAGGAGGACCUGGGCGGCUGGCCCGUCGUGGAGGGUGACACGUGGGAAGAGGCGAGCUUCGACUGGCUGCGCAGCAUCUACCGCUUCCGCAGGGCUGGACACAGCACCGACUACUUCCUCAAAUUCUCCGUGGGCACAGACUACCGUAACUCUACGCACCGCUCCAUCAUUCUGGACCAGGCAUCACUUGGGCUGAGCCGCGAAUUUCUGGUAAAGGGGCCCUCGGAUAAACUCGUGGAUGCCUACUACCAAUACCAGGUGGACCUGGCAGUUCUUCUGGGUGCCGACAGGACUCGGGCUGAGGACGAGCUCAGACAGUCCCUCGAGUUUGAGACAGCUCUGGCCAACAUCUCGCUGCCACAGGAGGCACGGCGCAACGUGACGCAGCUGUACAACCCGCGCACUGUAGAGCAGCUGCAGAAAGACUACCCAUCAGUACCGUGGCUGGAGUACCUGAGGACACUGCUGCCCCCGCACGUCGCCGUCACCAGCGAUGAGGUGGCCAUCGUCUCGGCACCGUCCUACCUAAAGAGCCUCGAGGUCCUGCUCGGCCACACCCCCAAGAGGGUGAUGGCCAACUACGUGAUGUGGCGUGCGGCAGAGGCCUCGGUCCCCUACACGACGGAGGAGCUGCGCAGCCGCCAGCUUCAGUACGAGUCCACUGUGUCUGGGAAGACGAAGCGGGAGCCCCGCUGGAAGGAAUGCGUCGACGUCGUCGCCGAUCGCCUGUAUCUGUCUGUGGGCUCGAUAUUCGUGCGAAAGUACUUCAACGAGGACGCCAAGAAGGUGGCACUCGAGAUGGUGGACGACAUCCGCCAGGAGUUCUUGCACAUCCUGCAGGAGCUGGACUGGAUGGACGAGGGAACCAGGAAGAAGGCGCUCGAGAAAGCUGAGUCCGUGGUCGCCCACGUCGCGUACCCUGAGGAGCUGCUGGACGACGCCGAGCUCGACAAAUUCUACGAGAAGCUAGAUGUCAGCCCAUCCCUGUACUUGGAGAGCAUGCUCAACGUGACCAAGUUCCAGACCAACUACUCGUUCAGCCAGUUGCGACAGCCUGUCAACAAGACCGAGUGGAUCAACCACGGCUAUGCGGCCUUGGUCAAUGCCUACUACAACCCCUUCGAGAACUCUAUAGGGAUCCCGGCAGGCAUCCUACAGGGUGUGUUCUUCAGCACCGACCGUCCCAAGUACAUGAACUACGGCGGCAUCGGGUCCACCAUCGGCCAUGAGAUCACACACGGCUUUGACGAUGAGGGCCGUCAGUUUGACAAGGACGGGAACCUUGUGGACUGGUGGGAUCCUGUGACCCGUGACAAGUACCUGAAGAAGGCAGAGUGCAUGGUCUGGCAGUAUGGAAACUUCACCGACGAACAGACGGGCUUGCACCUGAACGGGAUCAACACGCAGGGUGAGAACAUCGCAGACAAUGGCGGCGUCAAGGAGGCGUACCGCGCCUACCUCACCCUGGAGCGCCGCGCCGGCCAAUCAGAGCCAAGGCUGCCCGCACUGGCCGGCCUCUCCCCGCGGCAGAUGUUCUGGGUGUCCGCCGCGCAGACCUGGUGCAAGAAGUACCGCGUCGAGAAGUUGCGACAAGAAAUUACGACCGGAGUGCACUCCCCUGACCGCUUCCGUGUGCUGGGCCCGUUCGCCAACCGCCCCGAAUUUGCUGCAGACUUCAGCUGUCCGCUCGGCUCCGCCAUGAAUCCUGAGAAGAAGUGCCAGGUGUGGUAGAGAGCCCUGGUGGCGACGCCGAACUGCCGGGGGCCAAUCGCUGACUGAUGGCUGCAGGCUGCAACAAAAGAAGUGAACCUGCGAGCAGUCAGCCGCUGACAGAGCUGUGGAGCUCUGUUUCUGGGCGAUCCUCGCUGACUGGACUCUGACAUCUUAUCUGGAAGGCCGCAGCCUUGAAAGAGACUGGCAGGCACAAGUUGCAAAGCACCCAGAGAAGACAGUCUGGGUGCCGCAGUUUCAGCACAUCGUCAGCCAAAUUUGCCAACUGUCUGUGUGUGUGACAGCAUGUAUUUGCAUCCUAGUAACCUGCUCCUCUUUAGGGUAGAUAAAUAAAUAAUGCAGAAGCAUUCAGUUUUAUCUU